UAUUAACUUUUUAGCACACAUAUUCUACAAUUUGUAUAGUGACAUGUGGUGUACCACCCCGUGUACCGGUUACACUGAAAAUCUCUCCAAUAGAAGGGCAACUUUUCUUUAUGCCCAAUCAAAUGAUUUCUUCAUAGAAGAUUUUCAGUAAUAUGUAAGUAGCCUUUUGAAUUGAGACCAUUAGUGCACCAUACAAAUAAAGCAAGACUUGUACAUUCAGUUUCCAAUUGUCAACUCUCCCCCCUAAUGUUACUAUAAAACCCCAUGUCACAUUGAUUCCUGUUAAGUACCUCCUAAGCUCCUACCCCCCAACAAAAAAAGAAAAAAAAAAAAAGAAAAUCACUAGCUUCUAAUUUAGUCAUGGCCAUGAAGUUGAUGAACAUCUUCUUUACCCUCCUAGCAGCAAUGGCCAUUGUUGGAGCUGAAAAUUUCCACGAUGAUCAUAUCGAAGACGUGGAAAUGCAGACAAGUACUGAAGCAGAAGCAACUAAAUUUCCUGAAAUACCAGAUGAAGAAGAAGCAACUACUUCUCUAAGAGGAGUGAACCGUUUUCUUUAUAAUCAUAAUAAAAAUAUACCACUGCCCAGUUAUAAUUGCGACAACUUUCCUAGGGUUUGUCGUGCGAAGAACAGCCUGGGGCCAGACUGCUGCAAGAAGAAAUGUGUUGACGUGAAGACUGAUCGGUACAACUGUGGGAUCUGCGGCUACAGAUGCAAGUACACAGAGAUUUGUUGCAGGGGCAAGUGCGUCAAUGCAUCGUUUGACAAGAGGCAUUGUGGUGGGUGCAAUCAGAAGUGCAAGAAGGGAGACUUCUGUGUUUAUGGGAUGUGCCAUUAUGCAUGA